AUGAAGAACAGAAGACGAUAAAAGCAGCAAAAGAAACAGAGAGAGUAAUAAAGGGAGAGACACAGAGAUACAAGGAAGCCAAAACAGAGAAAGUGAUUGAUUGAGAGAGAUAGAGAAUUCAGUAAAGCCCAUGGCCAUGGAAGAGAAGGUGUAUGAGGCCUUGGGUUGGUUUGUCUGAUUUUGCUUCUUCUUCUUCUUCUUCUUCUUCUUCUUCUUCUUCAUCAUCUUUCAGAAGCCAUAUCUGUUUGGUUUUGGUUUUUGUGGGUAGGUCUGGUCUGGUCUGAUACUUUUUCAAAGGUUUUUGCUUUUCUGGUGAAUUAUUGCAAAAGGUUCUUUCUUUUGAUGUGGGUAUUAUUAUUAUUUUUUUAAAUGUUUCAAAACUUGGGAGUUUAGUGUCCAAAAUGACUGAGGAGUGGUGUUCUGUUUCUUCAAUUGAUGGAGUUUUAACGUUUCUGUGAUUCCAGUGUCAGUUAUGUAUUCUUCUUCUGGUUUGAUAUGGCCUUAUUUGAAGUUUCUAUUGGUUAAUUUCAGAUGAAAUUAUAAGAAUCCGCAUUUGUAUUGGCCAAUUUCCCUGAAAUUUGACGUCAGUUUCUUAAGCAAUGUAGCAUAACAAUGGUUGGGUUUUUAAGAUUAUUGUGUUUUACUCAAAUGUUUUUUCUUUGAUAUACAUAUUUUUUCUGGGUUUAUUCUUAAGUCAAAAAAUUAAAAAUCAAGAAGAAGAAGAAGAAGAAAUCAAGGGCUUUUUUCUUCUUUUAAUUUUUUUAACCCACAUGGUUGAAUUUCUAGAGUAUAAAAAUCUGUUUUAAGAUUGAGAUUAGAGCAAAUAUCUCUUGGCAUUUCAGUAUUUCUCUAAGUCUUCUACUCUGAAGCAUAAUUUUCUUUUUAGUUUCUCUGAUUCUCUCAGAAAGAAAAAGAAAAAAAUGUGAUGUGUUCCAGUUUCUGUUCUAUGCCUUUUUUUUUUUUUUUUUUUCUUUUCCAUUUUCCCCUUUAUUUUCUUUUUCUUUCUGUUUGUUUAAAGUCAAAAUUAUACUGUUCUCUAUGCUAAAUAAAGAAGCAAAUUUAUGUAUUUCCUGUUUAUGCUUCUCUUUUUGAAGCAAUAAUUUUCCAGCUUUUAUCUGGUCAGAUUUAGCUGUCAACUCUUUCUGUUUUUAACAUAUUUUCUUGGAUCAGUUCUCCUUUCAUGGAUAUAAUGUUGUUUAUGGUUAUUUUAUAUGCAUAAUAGUUAGCUUCUUUAUGUUCUGAAAGAAAUGGAAAAUGGUGAAAUAUGCAUUGUAUUGUGGUAAAUUUUAAUGAAUAUUAAUGUUUUUAUCAUCUUGGUCUGAUAGAUCUGCAUUUAAUUGUGGUACAGGUUGUGUAUGAAUUGUAAUGUUGUCUUUGUGCUGUGUCAAAUCUCUGUCUGAAAACAGCAAAGUUAGCAGAUUUCAUAUAUAAAUGUCAUAACCAUGUCUACUUGGAUUGAAUUUUGCAGGGCUUUGAGCAUUUGAAAUGGAUUUUUCAGAAUCAACUAAGGUUGUAUACAACAGAAUUCAGCAGCUAGAGCCUGAAAAUGUGUCUAAGAUUAUUGGGUAUCUUCUGUUACAAGACCAUGGCGAACGAGAAAUGAUCCGGCUAGCUUUUAGCCCGGAUAAUUUGAUUUAUUCAUUGAUUACCAAGGCCAAAUCUGAUCUUGGACUAUACAAACCACCGGUUCCUACUCCAAUCUCACCACCUCAGGUGAAUUCAUCACCUGCUUCAGACAUCCCUCUACAAUUUGCUCCCUUUUCACCGGCUUCUUCACUCCCAGCUUCGUCUCCAGUAGCUUCACAUAGGGCUGCAAGAACAUAUUGGGAUGCACAAUUAACUGUGGACCAGCAACAGGUGCACAACUUGGAAUUUGUCGCGCCAGGGUUUUCAGAUUCGGUUGCUGAAGAUUGUAGGCUUCAGAACCAAAUGCAGUACUUGACUUUGGAUGAUCAGUUAGAGUUAAUUAAUUAUUCUGAUAUUUCUAGUAAUCACGUUUACCCGGAACCUGCAAUGGGUCCUAGGACUAAUAGAAGGUCUCCAAGUUUGCCUGAUUUUCCUGUCAAAGUUUGUCAUUAUUUCAACAAGGGUUUUUGUAAACAUGGAAAUAGCUGUAGGUAUUUCCAUGGCCAUAUGAUGCCAGAAAGCUUGUCUCAGAUUUUCAGUCCAAAAUCAAAUGAGAUUUCGAAUGAAGAACAUGUUAUCUCACCAGGGUCUCUCGAAAAGCUUGAGAUGGAGAUUACUGAACUUCUGAGAUCAAGAAGAGGGACACCUGUUUCGAUCGCCUCUUUGCCAAUGAUGUAUUAUGAAAAGUAUGGAAGGACACUUCAGGCAGAAGGGUAUCUUACAGAAAGCCAAAGACAUGGUAAGGCUGGUUAUAGUCUGACAAAGCUUUUAGCACGACUGAAGAACAGCAUUCGAGUCAUUGACAGACCUCAUGGGCAGCAUUCAGUGAUUCUAUCAGAAGAUGUUCCCAAAUAUAUGGAGUAUGCCGGUGAAAGAAAUGAUCCUGGUGGAAUUGUUGCCGGUUCUAGGCAGAUUUAUCUUACAUUUCCGGCUGAAAGUACCUUCACUGAGCAAGAUGUUUCCAGCUACUUCAGCAAAUUUGGACCUGUUCAAGAUGUUAGGAUUCCAUGCCAACAGAAGAGGAUGUUUGGAUUCGUCACUUUCGUCUUCGUCGAAACUGUCAAACAAAUAUUGGCAAAGGGGAAUCCUCAUUUCGUAUGUGGGGCUCGAGUUCUGGUGAAGCCUUAUAGGGAAAAGUCGAAGCUUGUUGAUAGAAAGUAUGCCGAGAAAAUACAGCACCCCAUGUAUUACAGCCCGCAUUUCGUAGACAGAGAUUUUGAGCUUCAUUCGAUGACAAGAGUUGAUAAUUUAAGAAUGCUUCGGAAGCAGCUAAUGGAGGAACAAGAGCAUGCACUUGAACUUGAGAGAAUCCGUCUCUCCGAGAUGAAAUUAAGUUCUAAAUCCCUCAAUCAUCACUCUCAUUUUCGCUACUCAAUGGAUGAGUUAAAGUUUUCAGAAGAACACGCAGAGUUCCCAUCUGCGGAUCGUUUCAAUUAUUUUCCGGCCAGCGAGGAUAAACUCAAGCAUAUAAACACAAUUUACAGUGAUCAGGACAGCCAAGGACUCAACCUUCCAGAGUCUCCAUUUGCAUCAAUGGGGAGUGGCAUUUUACAUAGAGAAGACACAGUACAGACAUAACCAUUAUAGGGGUAGAGAGGAAUCAUACUGAAGACAUUAAUUAAAUUUACCUCAACUCGAAUCGUAUAGCUUCGUAGUCGUUAUACAUAACCAAUCGAAGUAGAAAAAGAAAAAAAAAAGAGAGAACUAGAUGAACUCCUCCAGAUUACUUGUGGAGGAGAAUGCAAAGAAGACAGAAUACAGCAAAUUUUUACUUGAAUUUCAUUUUAAUGUAAUCACAGAAGCAAAAAAAGCCAGAUAGCUGCUUGGUGUUUAGGAAGAAAAUUGAAUAUACAGUAUCCUUUUUAGCUGAAGUAGUAAAAGAAAAAAUAUAUGCAGAGCUCAGAGAACACAGUAAA